AUGGCCGUCGGUCAGGCGCUGCCCACGCGCUUUCCCUGUUGGUGCAAGGCAGUCUACUCCUGGGGCGGAGAGGUAAAAGGAGACCUGAUCGAGGUCCUCAAUGCAGGCGAUGGCUCUUGGUGGAUGGGCCGCCUCAAGCGCGACAGGCGCAUGGUCGGCUUGUUCCCAUCCAACUUUGUCGAGCUGCUCAGUGAAGACUACCAGCCAUGGGCGCGCAAUGGCAGUGGUGGGAGCUUCUCGAGGCAAAGCAGUGUGCAGGAACAGCCCAAGCCUGUGCCACAGAAGCAAAAGAGCAUGUUCAGGAAACCCUUUACUGCCUAUGCUGCUGCAGGCGCCCCGAACCCUGCCGCUGCCGCCCGCGAAAGGCUCCGUGCGGGUGGCAUAAACUCCGCAAACGGCACUGUCAAGACAAAGUCACGUGGCGGUCACUUCACGCCUUCGCCACUUACGACAGCAAUGAACGAUGUUAUGUCCUCUUUGCAAGAUAUGACCACGACACAAAGUAAUGAAUCGCCUGAGCAAGCCCCAUCACCGUCAAACCCAUGGUCCCCAGAAGCCUUUGACCAAGUAUACCAGGCAUCUGCGCAGAAAGUUAGAGCACAGUCAGCAAUGGAUCCGGACGACGAUGAUGAUGAUGAAGCCCCGCCAGAUGUCAACAAUUACAUGCAGCGCAUGGAGAGUCGUUUACGCAGAAUGCAGCAACAGGAGAAGAACAGUGGCAAUGACAUGCUUAUGGAUGAUGAUCAAGGACCUACGGUACCGUUGAAGACGGCAAGUCAGAGACCAGGAUCGUCCAUGGGUGGCAUUGAGCAAGAGGUGGAGCGGAAGGGAUCCAGGCUGCUCCGGAAUCGCAAGUCCGCUUAUGACAUUGGCCGUAACGCACUAGGCCGUACCUUUACGAGCAAAACGAAUUCGACGACAACAACGGCAACAACUCUCACUAGUAACAGUACUAACCGCAGCUUGAUGUCUGGACACUCUGCUACAAACAUGAGUGCUACAAGUGCUGGCAGCUAUUAUCGCAAGAAGUUUGGCAAGGAUCGCCCGAAGAGCCUUAUGAGCAUAAAAGAUACGGCAGGGAAGGGUUAUGGAUUCGAUGACGGCCGACCCGAAACACCUUUUACUGGUGUCACGUAUCACUCAAGCCACGCCUCCCAAUCGCGACCCAGUUCGAGCGAUCAACAGCAAGCCGUUGUCAGCAUGCAAGCAAGCGACGAUCCUCAUCCACUUGGCGGUUUGAGGCAACCAAAAGCGAAGCGUAGCGGAUUCUUUAGAAAGAUGAUCGAUACUGCGAAGACGCAAGCAGCCAACGCUCGCAGCACUAUCGAUACAAUCAGUCGGCCUGCGUCCCGAGCAGCUAGUCGCGCUGCAGGCCGUUCUACCAGCCGCGCUGCAAGUCGCAUGGACGGUCCGGAGCAGACGGGUAUUGAAAGCGGCCCGGCCACUCACUCAGCAAACACAUCAAGGGAUAUGGGUCUUGGAACGGUGGAUUGGGUGCAGGUGCGCAGGGACAUCAACCGAUCUAACUCACUGAGCAAAAAUGAACGCGCAGAACGUGCUGAGAGGUGUCAGAUGAUGGAUUAUCCCGUCUUGAACCCGAUUGAUAUCCUGAAUGAGUCUGUCCAAGGCGACGAAGGCCUCGAUGGACUCCCCAUUACAGAGCCAACAGAUUUCUCAGCUUGCAGUCUCUCUCAUGUAGACAAAAGCGCACGCUUCAUCAACAGCAUUCCUCUAGGAACGAAUCCUGCCACAUUGGCACAAGGCUACAUCUGUCGCCCGUAUAGAAGUGACAUUCAGCGGCUCCGCGCCAUCUUCACUUGGGUCAGCGAACGCAUCUCGUGGGAAGAAGAUUUUGAGGGCGAGAUGGACCCGCGCCAUGUGCUGCAAAGUAAGCGUGGUUGCUCUGAAGAGAUUGCUAUGGUAGUUGCUGAGAUGUGCGCUUCCGUCGGUAUGCACGCAGAGGUAAUACGUGGCUAUCUGAAGACGCCUGGCGAGCCUCUGGAUCUCGAGUCUGUCGCCCGACCGAACCAUUUCUGGAAUGCUGUGAUCGUGGAAGGUGAAUGGCGCGUAAUGGACUGCGCACUUGCCGGGCCUACUCAUCCAAAACGCGUGCAUUAUUCUACGGCUGGGUCGUCCGUCGCCGAGACGUGGUACUUCCUGGCCCGUCCAAUGGAAAUUUGCUACUCGCAUGUGCCACUUCUACCGGAGCAGCAACAUAUCUGUCCAUCCCAGCCUCACGAGGUGCUCAUGGCCUUACCCUGCGCAACACCUACAUACUUCCGACACGGCCUCAACGUGGUCAAUUUCGACACCAGCGUGCUAAAUCUGGACAACCUUGAAAUGACGCAUAUUUAUAUCGACGUACCCGAAGAUGUAGAAUGCGUGGCUGAGGUGGAAGCAAGAUGCUACUCCCAGGAUAUGGAUGGUGACUUAUUUGAGAGUGGAGACGUAGUCAAGAAGCCGGCCCUAGCACAAGCUGAAUGGUAUGGGGGACAGAAGCGAUAUACAGUCAAGGCACUCCUCCCAACCGAUGGGGGCCAAGGUGUGCUGAAGAUCUAUGCUGGACCUCGGGGACUGAUGCAUUCGAACAAGCUCAAUCCUCACAACCUGGCCAUUGGCCUGCCUAUAACGCAUUCUGGCAUGAAUCCUCCCUACUCGUUCCUAACUCUCCAUCCGACGCCGCACGCCCAGAGACACGAUCUUUAUGUCGCUCAGCCACAAUGCGCCAGUCUAGCUCUGAACAACACCUUUGUCUUUUGCGUCCGCCAACACCCAUCAUCACUUACAAAGUCACCCGAGCCUAGCCCCGCAAUGCACGGUCGAUCUUCGCCUAACCCUUUUGCUCGCCCCACAUCCGCUAUGAGCAUGCAGAGCAUAUCUGCGACGGGCUCCAAUUAUACCAAUCCGUCUCAGGCUUCUUCAGGCUCAGCAAGUAGCAACAGUAAUAAGCCGGCCAAGUUAGCGAUACAGACACCCUCUGGAAAGAUCAUCCGUCUGACAAGAAAAAUUGAACAUAUGAGCGCCAUGAGUGAGGCUGAUGGCACGGCAUGGGAGACGGUUAUCAAGAUUGGUGAAAAGGGAACAUGGCGAGGGUUGGUUCUUGCAGAUCGUAGUGCGAGGUGGUCUUCACAACGGGUCAUCAUGGACGCUGCUAUUGCUGAAUGGCAAACCCGCGCCGAGGCGCUCAAGCCAUUGAACCUCAAGCAAAUCGAGCCCCACCUGCUUGAGCUGGAUGCGCACCUCACUCUGCGCUCCCACAUUGUCGGUUACACGCUCAGCGAUGCGGACACCACAGUAUGGAAGACGAUCCGCGAGAACCGUGUGGCCCAUGCCUUUGUCAAGCAAGACUUGAUGAAGAGCCUGUGCCGAUGGUUUCGCUACAUUGAAGAGGCGUACCCCCAGAGCGUGGUUGUUGUUAGUGGAGGACAGGGCAAGGAGGGAGCAAAGGGAAAGAAAGAGGGUGGCAAGAACGACGACGCCAACUACGACAUUGGACUUCAAGAUGUUGGAGAUGGUACCGGUAUUGUCACGAGAUUCCCCCCUGAGCCUUCAGGUUAUCUCCACAUCGGCCACGCAAAGGCUGCGUUGCUGAACGACUACUUUGCGCACGAGAAGUACAAGGGCAAGCUCCUGUUACGAUUCGACGACACCAACCCUACUAAGGAAAAGCAAGAGUUCCAGGAUGCCAUUGUUGAGGAUUGUGCGCUUCUUGGCAUCAAGCCAGACUCUGUCUCAUACACAAGCGAUUGGUUCGACCAGCUGUACGAGAUGUGCGUGCAAGCAAUCAAGGACGGACUGGCAUACGCAGACGACACCAUCCAGGAGAAGAUGCGUGAUGAGCGUAUGAAUGGCAUUGCCAGUGCACGUCGCGACUCGAGCGUUGAGGACAACCUGGCGCGCUUUGAGGAGAUGAAGAAAGGCAACGAAGAAGGCCUGAAAUGGUGCAUUCGCGCAAAGAUGUCUGUCGACGAUCCCAACAAGGCCAUGCGUGACCCUGUCAUCUACCGCUGCAACCCUCAGGCUCAUCACCGCACCGGAGAGAAGUGGAAGAUCUACCCUACCUACGACUUUUGCUGCCCCAUUGUUGAUGCGCUCGAAGGCGUUACCCACGCUCUGCGCACCACCGAGUACAACGAUCGUGACGCGCAAUAUCAGUGGUUCAUCAAGAACCUCAAGCUCCGAAAGGUGCACAACUGGGGCUUUGCCCGUCUCAACUUUGUCAAGACUGUGCUGUCUAAGCGCAAGCUUACCAAGAUCGUCGACGCCGGCAUUGUUGGGGGCUGGGACGACCCGCGCAUGCCCACUGUCCGUGGAGUCCGUCGCCGCGGCGCCGUCAUCCCCGCUCUCCGCGAGUUUAUCCUCAAGCAAGGACCAUCCAAGAACAUUGUCAAUCAGGAUUGGUUUGCCUUCUGGGCCACUAACAAGAAGCACAUUGAGCCCACUGCGGCCCGUUACACAGCGAUUGACGACGAGGGCCGUGUCCCUGUAACCAUUAUCGGUGCACGCGAGGGCAUCACAUCAGAGGACAAACCAAAACACGCAAAGUACGACCUGGGUACCAAGAAGAUCGUCUUCAGCUCAUCGGUCCUCCUCGAGCAAGCCGAUGCGCAAUCCUUUGCCCAAGACGAGGAAAUCACCCUCAUGAACUGGGGCAACGCCAUCGUCCGCAAAAUCACCCACUCCCUCAACCCCGUCGACAUUGCCAAAGCAGGCCUCACAAGCGAAGCCCGUACCGUCACCGGCCUCGAACUCGAACUUCACCUCCAAGGCGACGUGAAGAAGACAUCCAAGAAAGUAACCUGGCUGAGCAAAGACCAGGACCUCGUCCCCAUUGAACUCGUAGACUUCGACUACCUCAUUACCAAGGACAAACUCGAGCCCGAAGACACGCUUGGGGACUUCCUCAACCCGAGCACCGAGACACGCACAAAGGCGCUGGCGGAUUGUAAUGUUGCGGAGCUCAAGGUGGAUGAUAUUGUGCAGUUUGAUCGCAAGGGCUUCUUUAGGAUUGAUCGCGCGUUUAAGCAUGGAGAGGCGGUUGUGGCGUUCCAGAUUCCAACGGGUAAGAGUAAGUAA